CGACGGGGUAGGUUGUUCCUGAGGUGGGAGGCGGCACCCGUGGCUGAGAAGGAGGCCCGAGAGCGACAUGUCCCCGGCGGCUGAGACAGAGCGGCUCGUGGCGCUGUCUUUCUGAGUCGGGGCGGCCUGGCGGCCGGCUGAGGACGAGGGUCGGCGGAGGCUGCCCUCGCUGUGGUGGCCGCCAUGCUGGGGGCCCGGGCGGUUGAGGGAGCCGCCGUGGCGCUCCUGCGACUGCUACUGCUCCUGCUGCUGCCGGCGCUCCCGGGGCCGGGGCUCGGUGUGGUCGGCUCGGCGGGGGCCGGGCUCCCCGAGAGCGUCAUUUGGGCCGUCAACGCGGGCGGCGAGGCGCAUGUGGACGUGCACGGGAUCCACUUCCGCAAGGACCCUUUGGAAGGCCGGGUGGGCCGAGCCUCUGACUAUGGUAUGAAACUGCCAAUCCUGCGUUCCAACCCGGAGGACCAGAUCCUGUAUCAAACAGAGCGGUACAAUGAGGAGACUUUUGGCUAUGAAGUGCCCGUUAAAGAAGAGGGGGACUACGUGCUGGUGUUGAAAUUUGCUGAGGUCUACUUUGCACAGUCCCAGCAGAAGGUAUUUGAUGUGCGAUUGAAUGGCCAUGUCGUGGUGAAGGACUUGGAUAUCUUUGAUCGUGUUGGGCACAGCACAGCUCAUGAUGAAAUCAUCCCUAUGAGCAUCAGAAAGGGGAAGCUGAGUGUCCAAGGGGAGGUGUCCACCUUCACAGGGAAACUUUACAUCGAGUUUGUUAAGGGGUACUAUGAUAAUCCGAAAGUUUGUGCACUCUACAUCAUGGCUGGGACAGUGGAUGAUGUACCAAAGCUGCAGCCUCAUCCAGGACUGGAGAAGAAAGAGGAGGAAGAGGAAGAAGAAGAAUACGAUGAAGGGUCUAAUCUCAAAAGACAGACCAAUAAGAACCGGGUGCAGUCAGGCCCCCGCACACCCAACCCCUAUGCCUCAGACAACAGCAGCCUCAUGUUUCCCAUCCUGGUGGCCUUCGGAGUCUUCAUUCCAACCCUUUUCUGCCUCUGCCGGUUGUGAGAACAAAUACCAUCCUGAACUGGGUGGAGGGGUGAGGGAAAGAAACCAAACAUACUGGUUUUGGUUUCUGUAUUUUUUCACAGUGAUUAACAAAACAAACA